AUUGUGGGUUGGUUUUGAAAAAUACCCUUUUUUUUCAUACUCAGACGAUUUUCUGCUUCCGAGCUGGUUUUGCCUUCGGGUAAAAUAGAAAAUUUUCUAUAAGAGAGGAUUUUCCAUAUUCUAGGAUAUUGGAUGAUCUAACCUAAAUUUCAACUAAAAGACUUAUAAACAAAGUUCUUAAACGUCCGGAACAUCAUGGCCCAAUGGUAAGGACGGGCUCCUUCCUGCACCCAGGUUGCGAGAUCGAACUCUGCCGGAGGGAACUACCUCAUGAUGUCUCUGGACACCCCCACACGGAUAUGGGUCCAUGCUUUAGGGUCCAUUUGCAUACCCGGAGAGAGGGUCUAUCCGUGGGCUGCACCUCCCCUUGGGGAUUAGUCUGGGCCCUUCCAUAGGUCCGGGAUACCCCAGGUUAAACCAAAAAAAAAAAAAAACAAAGUUCUUAAACCCUAGAACAAAGGGAUCAAUUAUUCUACACUUCGAUUAUACAGACAUGCGGCACUAAACCCAUAUGUUGUAAUUUGUGCUCUAAAAAUCAAUAAUACACUACUUUUAAUCUUUUAUUCUUGUUUUAAUUUUUUGCUUCAUGUUUCCCUAGUAUCACGAAAAACUUUACUUUAUUUUACCUUAACAAGAAUUAUAAUAAAAAUAUGUAAACCAGAGUUAUAAUAAAAAUAUGUAAACCAGAGUAUACAUAUUUGCAGAAUCCAUAAUGUUCAAAAAAACUUUAAAAGUUACACUCUUUCACAAAUCAAUCUCCCAGGACUCCAUAAACUCCAAUUAAUUACAUGACGUAUUUAUGGUAAAAAAACAUUGUAUGAUAAAAUUAUUAGGACGAAAGUCACGGGAACACUACAUAAAUGGCGGACAACAACGGCCAGACGCAAACCAAAUCAAACUUAGACCAAAACGUUACACUUUGCAUGCAAUUAAUAAUAAAAUAUAUUUUCUGCGUUCUCUGCAAAAAAAAAAACCGUUACAGAGGAGACAGCGAAAACCUUUGAGUCUUUUCUAGGACGACUCGGAAGCAGCAAACCCCAAAAGAGAAGAAAGGAAAAAUUAUUUUCUCUUCUGAAGCCUCUUCUGAUUAGAAGUUAUAUUAUAUAGGUAAAAAGAUCUCUAUUUUCCUAUUGGUUUUGGUUUCUUUAUUUGGAACCCUAACUUUUUUGAGAUUUGUUUGUCUAGUUUGAACCCUAAUUAUAUUUUUCUUUAGGUAUUGAAAGGUUCUUCUGAUUCAAAGUUAUUAUAUAGGUAAUAUCUUCAAUCUUUUUAACGAUUGGUUUCUUCUCAAUUUUUUUUUAGUUUUCAACCCAUAAUUUUGAGAUAUAGUGUGUUUUUUUUUGUCAGAUUCGAUUACUCAACGAUGUGAUUUGAAAUAUUCCAAAAGAGAAUUCAUCGAUCCUUGACGAACAAGGAUCUUCAUUUCAGGUUUUUCUCUUUCUUCUGUUUUUAUUUUCCCUUCAAAUGAUAAAAUGGUUUAUAAAUAUAAUUGAAUUUUUCUCUAUUUAUGAUUUUCUUUUCAUGUUUUUUUUUUUGGCUCAAGCCAUCAUCAGAUCAAACCUAGUUCGGUUUUGUUGGUUACUUUGUACAAAGCCAUUUGAUGGAGCAGUUCAGGCAAAUCGGCGAGGUUCUUGGAAGCUUAAACGCGCUUAUGGUGUUACAAGACGAUAUCUUGAUCAACCAAAGACAAUGCUGUUUGUUGUUAGACAUUUUCAGUUUGGCGUUCAACACCGUAGCGGAAGAGAUCAGACAAAACUUGAAGCUCGAAGAGAAGCAUUCCAAAUGGAGAGCCCUUGAACAGCCUUUGAGAGAGCUCUACAGAGUGUUUAGAGAAGGUGAAACCUAUGUUCGAAGCUGCAUGUCUAAUAAAGAUUGGUGGGGCAAAGUAAUCAACUUUCAUCAGAACAAAGAUUGUGUUGAGUUUCACAUACACAACUUGUUCUGUUACUUUCCCGCCGUGAUCGAGGCGAUAGAGACAGCUGGAGAGAUUUCUGGUCUCGACCCUUCUGAGAUGGAUAGAAGGAGAGUUGUCUUCUCUAGAAAGUACGAUAGAGAGUGGAAUGAUCCUAAGCUGUUUCAGUGGAGGUUUGGGAAACAGUAUCUGGUUCCCAAGGAUAUUUGUAGCCGCUUUGAGCAUUCAUGGAGAGAAGACAGAUGGAAUCUAGUUGAGGCGUUACAAGAGAAGAGAAAGUCCAAGAGCGAUGAGAUUGGGAAAACCGAGAAGCGUUUAGCUGACUUUCUGUUGAAGAAACUAACCGGUUUGGAACAGUUUAACGGUAGGCUCUUCCCGAGUUCGAUACUCGUUGGCUCUAAAGAUUACCAAGUGAGGAGGAGACUAGGCCGUGGUGGUCAGUACAAGGAGAUUCAAUGGUUAGGUGAUUCUUUUGUCCUGAGACAUUUUUUCGGAGAUCUUGAGCCGUUGGAUGCAGAGAUAUCUUCUCUGUUAUCGCUAUGUCACUCGAAUAUACUUCAGUACCUAUGUGGAUUCUAUGACGAAGAGAAGAAAGAAUGUUCUCUGGUAAUGGAGUUAAUGCACAAAGACUUGAAAAGCUACAUGAAGGAGAACUGUGGACCUCGAAGAAGAUAUCUCUUCUCUGUUCCCGUUGUAAUUGAUAUAAUGCUUCAGAUCGCGCGAGGCAUGGAGUAUCUUCAUUCAAACGAGAUCUUCCAUGGAGACUUGAAUCCAAUGAAUAUUCUUUUGAAAGAGAGAAGUCACACCGAAGGUUACUUCCACGCCAAGAUAUCCGGUUUCGGUUUGAACUCAGUCAAAACUUUUACUCGAGCUUCCUCUAGACCAACCACUCCUGCUCCUGUGAUUUGGUAUGCACCUGAGGUUCUAACAGAGAUGGAACAAGAUCUCAAAGGUAUAACAGUUCCGAGAUCAAAGUUUACUCAUAAAGCUGAUGUGUAUAGCUUUGCUAUGGUGUGUUUUGAGCUUAUAACCGGUAAGGUACCAUUUGAAGAUAGUCAUCUACAAGGAGAUGAGAUGGGUAAGAACAUAAGAAGGGGAGAUAGACCUCUCUUCCCAUUCCCUUCUCCUAAAUACCUCGUUAGUCUUAUCAGACGGUGUUGGCACUCAGAACCUAGCCAGCGUCCGACUUUCUCUUCCAUUUGCCGGAUACUCCGCUACGUAAAGAAGUUCUUAGUUGUGAAUCCGGAUCAGGGUCACAUCCAAAUCCAAACUCCGCUUGUUGAUUGCUGGGACUUGGAAGCAAGAUUCUUGAAAAAGUUCUCAAUCGAGACAGGGUCUCACGCGGAGUCCGUGAUGCAAAUACCGUUCCAGCUUUACUCGUAUAGAGUCGCAGAGAAGGAGAAGAUGAGUCCAAACUUGAGCAAAGAAGAGAGUUCGGACACAGGAGGUGAGUCUGCUUCAGAAAGCGUUUCGGAUCCACCAACAACAACGCCAAAGUAUACAAAGUCAUUGUGCUUAGAUGCAAUAUCUGAAUACUCAGAGUCAGAUACAAGAUCAAUUUACUCAGAAGCUCCUAAGAAAAAGAUCUCACCAGCUUCAAAGAAAAGUGGUGACAUGGCCAAACUCAGGAGAAACUCAAGCGCAGGUUUACGGUCAACAGGAUCAUCGCCAGUAAAGCCAAGACCAGCACCGAAAGUGACAUUGCCGUUAAGUCCGUUUGGAAGAAACAGUAAAGCAAGGAAGGAUACAAGAUUGCCUUUGAGUCCUAUGAGUCCUUUAGGCCAUGGAAGACGCAGACAUCUCUCUGGUCCUGCUUCGGACUCUGAGCUAACUUAGCCUUUGAAACCCACACUUGUUGUCAUAUUUGUGUGUGAAAAAUUAACUAGUUUCAAUUCGUUCGUUAGAUA